ACCCGUUAUGAUAAGAUGAUCCAGUAUAUUUGGGCCAUUUGUAGCUCCAAAUUGACUGUUGAUGGCUUCUCUAAUGGCAGAGCAGACGGAUGAAGCAGAAGUCAAUCAAUCCACGAAGCAAUCUCAAUCUUUUGUGGAAGUGAUUUGCAAAUGCACCGGCAAGACUUGGCGAUUUGCUGCUGGAACAGAGGCAAAAUUCGCACUGAAAUUUAUCAAUAGUAGUAGCGUUGAUUCUAUCCCGGCAGACCAACCUGCAACUUAUGUUGAAGCUGUUAAAGAUGGGGAAGUGCCUGUGAUUUUUGGCCCCAAUUCAAUUCUUGUGAGUUAUGGCAAAGGAUGGAAAUUGCAGCCAGUCACCGAGACAACAAAAGGUUUUUCAAGAAGGAUGCCUGAUGAUUACGCAGCAGCAAGACCUGCAUAUAUGCCUCCGGUUUUGGACAACUCACAUUCUGCAAAGAGAAAAUCACAAGCUGCUGCUCUAAGCCCUAUCUACAUUGGAAAGAUAUUGCUUGUAUUUGUCCUAAUGUUCUUUGUUGGUGCCCUCUUCACCUUGUUGCUGGAUAACCUUCCACAGCUUUUAUCUAGAUAUGGGCUCGACGUUGAAUAGCGUCUUUGAGAUACAUAUAAGCCUGUAUUUAAGAGCAGUUGCUUGGGUAAAAAAAUCUGAAAUAUUUGCCUGUGGUUCAUGUUAUAUUGUAAAGCUCUUCCAAAAGAAUUGUUGCUUGUCAUCACUUGUUGUCUUACUGCUGUAUUUGCUAAUCUGAUAUUGAAAAUUUUCCAACUUUCCUAUCCUGGGCAUUGUAAUGGGUCAGAAACAUAAAAUUGCAUGUUUUGAUUGA